AGCAGAUGGGUUUAAAGUGAACCUUAACAAACUUAGGCUAAAUGGCAUAGGCUCGGUAAUGGUUUACUUAGACAGCAAGCAAAAGCUCAUUGAAGAUGAUUGUGGAGGUUGUGAUGCCUUCGGCAAUCUCGAAGGCGCAGACAAGGGAGAGGCCAGUGAAACCGAAUGCCACGAAUGUGUUACCUUGCCUAGCGGAUCCAUGUUUGAAUUGUACGUGAGGCUCAGUCCCCAGUACCAGGGAUUGACUGAGGGAGAGAGUGUGUGCCAAAAUAUUCCAAACCUUAACAUUAGUCUUACCAUUGAUAGCAAGCUGCCAGACCUGGAAGCCCCCUCUGACUGUGAGGACGGCUUUUGGGUCAGCUUUCCACUCUCUGGGGAUACCUGUGCCGUAGGCUCCACUUCUCUGGACAGAGAGACCCUCUGCAUUGUUGCAAGCUGCACCGACAGCAUCGUGUCCCCAGACACAUCAAACGAGAAAAUAGAACACAAAUUCCAACCAGAAUCUCCAACAGAGACCUGUAUAUGGGAGCUGAACACGGAGCAGCGCAAGCACAUGACCCUAAGAUUCUCGCAGAACGUUCGGCCCCACAUCACGGUGUACGAAGAGUCGCUGCUCAACCCCAAGUGGGACGUGGAAUGGUGCCCGACCUUUGGGAACGAGUACAGUCUGCAAACGGAAGCCGACACUGUAUUCAUAGUCUACCACAACACACAGAAGCUUGCCAAGAAGGGAUCGCUGUCCAUUACAACGCAAGUCGAUCUGUGUCUCCUUCCGCCGGCGGUGAAAAACGGAAGUGUUAAUUUUAAACGUCAAGAGUCUGGCACAGUUGCCUUGUAUUCCUGUGACAAAGGAUUUAGCUUGCUGGGCCCGUCAGAGAUCCGGUGCAAAAAUCGUUCGUGGGAAGAACCACCUGUGUGCAUUUCCCAUCACAAGGAUAAACUGAUGUCUGAUGCCCCAAUGGGAUCAGUAGAAAUUUCGGACAGUGUGAAUGGCAGUAGUUUGACCUCAGAGAAUGGCACAUUCCUGAUAUCUGCUCCCGACAGUGAACCACACGGAAAGAUGCCUGGAGUUUUAUUCCCAGAACAAGACCUCAAGAAUGACGAAGAAGAAGAGAAGGAAACCGAAGCCAAAGACCUUUACGAGGACUAUGACACAGACGCACACCACGAGAUGCUGACGAACCACUCCCGGGGGGAGGUGGACGAGUACGAGAUGGAACUAACCAACUUGCCACCGGUGAUAAACUCGACGGAAGCUCUAGACGACGACGAUAACCAGCUGGGCAUUUUCACAGGCUUACUGAACAUCUCUCUAGAAGAUGACUUAACCAUGUACAUCAUCAUUGGAGCAGCUGGCCUUCUUCUCUUCAUCAUCAUUGUCAUCACAUCCAUCGUCGUUUACCGCAAAAGAUACCCCGUCCGCCUGGGGUUAGGGCGCAAAUUCGACACUUUCCAGAACCCCAUAUACGAGAAAACGGUAGUGAGGAUGCCCAUGCAGGUAGAAGAAACGGAGGUAGGGAGGAAGAAGAGUGAUGCGGAGGAAAUGAGCGAUUGCACAGUGUUAGAAUGAGUUGGACUUUGUGUUUCACAUGAAAUCGCAAGAUGAGUUUGUGCUUUUUUAAAGUUGAACGGUAUAAUGUGAUUGAUAGUCUAGUCUGGAUGAAGAGUUUGAUUUUUUUAUCAUUUUAUAGUAUUUUCAAAUUGAAAGUAUUGCAGUAUUUGCUUUGGAAAGUGAACGUACAGGUAUGGCUUAUAAAGCAUUGAGAGAAACGAAUUUUAUUGAAGGAAUGGUGAUUCUGCUGUAUUAGCUAGUAUUAAGACAUUCCUCUUGGCCUGCAAGAAAAAAAAAAUGAAAAAGAGUGCAGGAAAGUGUCUUAUGGGUCCAAUUUAAGUGAUACAUGCAAUUCUUGUCAUGUCGGUGGUGAUCUCAUGCUCCAGGAUUUUUCUAAUGAUAAUCAAUAAUAUAUUUAGAAUUAUAAUCCACUUUGUAGUGAAUGGAAAAAAAAAAAACUGCA